UUUUUGGUGGUGCAAACUGCGCAUCCAAGCGUACUUUGGAGGCCAACUCCGUUCAUAACGCGCAGCGGGAACUAGUCAGCUGCCAUCUUCGCAAGCAAACGAACGCAAUCAAUCCAAUUUUCCAAACCGCCAUUUGAAGAAACGUCAAAUCUCAUCGCCGUCGUCAGGGUUAUUGAUUCUCCGGUUCCCCUUUCUAAUCAAAGUAAAAGCUCGCCAUGUCGGUUUGGUAUCUGCUAUUCCUGAGCUGUUUUCCAGGAUUUGUAUUAUCAGCUGUGGUGACUCUUGAUUCUAUUACAAUUUAUAAUACGCACGAGUGGCUGAAGACUUUGAAGCCAACGGUAUAUUUCUCUUGUAAGGGAGAGAACGGGACCGAAUUGCCUGAUGUCAAGGAGGUGAAUGUCUCUUAUGCUUUCAAAGGCGAAGAAUCUUGGCAGCCUCUGACGGAACUUACGAGUUCGAAAUGCAAGAGGUGUGGAUUCUUUGAGAAGGAUAAGUUCAAAUCGGACGAUGUAUAUGAUGAAUGGGAAUUUUGCGCUUCUGAUUUUGAGGAUUCUGAUGGGAAAUACAGGAGAAUCAAGGAGAAAGAAUUUGAUGCUACGUUCUUGUGUCCAGACUGUGUAUCUUUAGGCGCUGAUUUAACCUCUGCCUCAGGCUCACAUAAUAGAGGGAAGGGUAUGCAUGUUGCUGUGAUAAUAUUGAUCAGUGCCCUGGUGUCAGUUGUAUUUAUUCUUGGGGUGGUGGGGGCGUACAAAUACUGGUUACAGAAGAAAAGGCAGCAAGAUCAAGCUCGGUUCUUGAAGCUAUUUGAAGAUGGAGAUGACAUUGAGGAUGAACUAGGCCUUGGCAAUGUAAUAUGAUAGGCAAUAUUUAACUUGGUAAUCAUCUGUACAGUUUUUUUUUUUUUAACUUCAUAUAAAACGUGCUCCAAAAGAAUGAAAAAUUAUACUUAGUUUACUAUUAGAAGAUUACUUGGUCGAUAGAAAGAAAUUAGUUGAGAUAGCAAGAGUA